AACACUGAGAUUAAAUUUUUUAGAAAUGUGCUCCUAAGUUGGGAGAUGGAACAAUUCUACGAAUUGUAAAUGACCUGGCAUGUACAGCUUUUUGAGAUAUGGUUAACGCAUCUCCAUAUAAUGCACCCGACAGGCAGAGUGGAAUCAAUGUUUUAAGCGCGUUUCAUUGUUGGUUGGUUUUGUCAUUUUUCAUUUCAAUUCCUUCUCCUUUAGCCAUGGCUGCACCUGCAGAUUCAUCAGCUUACCAAUGCAAGGCUUAUGAAACCAUGAGGUUGAGAGAGAUUGCAGUAGAUUACACCCCUGAGGUCUGCCAUCACAAGCCCGAGGAAGAAGAAAUUGCCAUCACAUUUGAUGAGAGAGGAGGAGCAAGAUGGAGAACAUUGAGGAAAUACAGAUACGGCAGUUUCAGUUCAAGAAUCAAGUGCCCAGAUGGAGACACCAGUGGACUUAACUGCAGUUUUUAUCUCUCAUCUCUUGAGGGGGACAAAACCCAAGAUGAGAUUGACUUUGAAUUCCUAGGCAAGGACAAGGGAAUUGUACAAACUAACUUUUACACAGAGGGCACUGGGAACAGGGAACAGAUUCACCAGCUUGGUUUUGAUUGCUCUGGGGACUUCCAUGAGUAUACCAUCAGAUGGGGACAUGAAAAGAUUGAAUGGUUGGUUGAUGGUAAGAUUGUGAGAAGUGAUGUGGCCAAGGAAGGAGAGAGGUUUCCUUCCAAAUCCAUGUUUUUGUAUGCCUCUGUGUGGAAUGCAAGCUACAUUGAUGAGGGCAGGUGGGCAGGACCUUAUUUUGGUCAUCAUGCACCUUACGUUUGCAGAUACAAAGAUGUCCACAUUCCUGUUGAUUCAGAAGAAUAAUUGUUGUGCCCGAAUAAUCUCUCUGUGGUUACCCUAGUCUUAUCCCUAAGAUCUCUCCCAACUCGUUACAGUUUACCUUCUUCUCUAUUUUAAUGUAGACUCUGUAAUUUCUUUUGAAGUUUUAGUUGUUUUGCAGAUCUAUUCCUUGAUAAAUAGCACUUGGCUGCCCAAGAGGAAAUUGGAUCACCGGAUAGCCUGGUGUUGAUUGUCUUCACUCAAUAUUGUUGGUUUGUUUCCGUUUCUUACAUAAAUGGAUUGGGUUUUCUUA